GAACGAUUUGCCUACAUGAACCGCCCCGUCAGACAUGAAGGCACGUCGCAAACUCCUCCAUCCCUCAAGACUUUCUUUCUCUGCAGUAUCUUGUCUAUCUCACCACUGUUUUCAAUUAUGCCCGUGUUUUCAAAUCUCCUGCGACAGCGCUCGACUGCGCGGUCGCUGCACUCCCAAGCGCCCAUUGUCCCGCCCACACACCCCAGACACUCGACCUCUAACAGCGAGUGGGGCCUGGGCGCGCGAGCCUCGCUAUCCCGCACUGCCCGCCACCCAAGCCCAGUCCGCACCAACACCAUGAAUGCAACCGCAAACCUUGCCGAGCUCACUGCAACGCAGCACGAAAAAUGCCAGCCCGCGGGUCUUCUCCAGCCCAUGCUGCUUCUGCGCCGCUCCCUGUUCAACAGCUGGAUCAACAUACUGCUUUUGCUGGUCCCGGUCGGCAUCGCCUCGCACCCGGCCGGCUUCCCGGACGUGGCUGUCUUCAUAAUCAACUUCUUUGCCAUCGUCCCCCUGGCCAGCCUUCUGGGGUAUGCGACCGAGCAACUGGCACUGCAUCUGGGCGAGACACUGGGCGGUCUUUUGAACGCGACCUUUGGCAAUGCAGUCGAAUUGCUGGUUAGUAUUCUGGCGCUAGUCAAGGGCGAAGUCGAGAUUGUGCAGACCUCUCUGGUGGGCUCGAUUCUAAGCAACCUGCUGCUAGUCGGUGGCUGCUGUUUCUUCUUCGGUGGGCUGAAGAACAACGAGCAGCUGUUCAAUGUCAAUGCUGCGCAGUCGUACGGGUCGCUGCUGGCCAUGGCCAUUCUGUCGACCCUACUGCCGGCCGCCUAUAAUUCGCUCGAGGCCCGCCAGACCGAGCUCAAGAGCGGCACGCUGACAUUGUCGCAUGUCACGUCAAUUUUCCUGCUUAUCAUCUACAUCGCCUACCUGGUGUUCCAGCUCAAGACCCACGCAGGCAUGUUUGUGGCGGUCGAUAAGGCCGAAAAGGACCUGGCGGCGCUCAAGCCACACCAGCGCGAAGCCACAGCCCAGCUGGUCAAAAAUGAUGGCACCACUGUCCCGGCCACCCCCAGCGCCGCAGCUUACCUGAGCCCCGAUGAUGUGCAGUCAGCAAACUCGCUGCAAAACAUUGAAUCGCAUGACAAUGUGCCGGACGAUGACGAGGAGGACAUCGAAUUGACGAUUCCGGCGGCGCUCCUACUCCUGCUUAUUAUCACUGGUCUGACUGGCGUGUGUGCCGAGUUCCUGGUCGACUCAAUCGAUGGAUUGACAACAAAGUGGAACCUGUCGCGUGCCUUUGUCGGCAUGAUUCUGCUCCCAAUCGUUGGCAAUGCCGCCGAGCACGUCACCGCCGUAACUGUCGCUAUCCGCAACAAAAUGGACCUGGCCAUUGGCGUCGCCGUCGGCUCGAGCCUGCAGAUUGCGCUGUUUGUGACUCCGUUCAUGUGCGUGCUCGGCUGGAUCAUCAAGCAGCCGAUGACCAUUUACUUCAGCCCAUUCACCACUGUCGUCCUGUUCGUCACGGUGCUUUUGGUCAACUACAUCAUUGGCGAUGGCCGCACGAACUGGCUCGAGGGCCUGGUGCUGAUUGUCGCCUAUGUCAUUAUCGGCGUCGCCUACUUCCUCUACCCGAAGGAUAUUGUUACUGGGUAGUUUGCAUUUUUCGAGUUUGUUUUCUAUCUAGCCGUUUAAUAUUUUUGUGUAUGAAAUAUAGCGCUUUCCAUGCAUUAUAGCGAAG